AAAAUUUGCCUUGGUUAACUGUUCACAAACCAUAGAAGACAAACAAUCUGAGAAUGAGUAGCAUCAGUUGUUGUUGUCUGGUACAACCACCACCACCACCACCGACGCCAAUACUCCGUGCGGUGGAGAAAUGUUCAACCAUGACAGAACUAAAACAACACCACUCCCUCCUUAUUCGCAUUGGUCUCUCCACCGACAAUCACGUCAUGUCUCGCAUCAUCAACAUCUGCUCCAAAAACAACCAUUUCCACUACGCUCUCAAAGUUUUCAACACCAUUCCAAACCCAGACACUUUUCUCUAUAACACCCUUUUCAAAUCCCAAUCAAAAACACCCUUUAAUGCUCUUUUCUUCUAUUCCCAAAUGCUUCAACAAUCACUCAUACCCAAUUCUUUCACCUUCCCCGUUCUCAUAAGGUGUUGUUCUCUUCAUAAACAAGUAAAACAGAUUCAUGCACAUGUUAUCAAAUUUGGAUUUGGAUCAGAUGUUUUUGCUCUUAACAACUUGAUUCAUGUUUACUUUAGUUUUGGUUCUUUGGAUGAUGCUAGAAAGGUGUUCGAUAAAAUGCCUGAACGAAGUUUUGUGUCUUGGACUACUGUUAUUUCUGGGUACUCUCAAUGUGGAGAUGUGGAUGAGGCUUUUCGUGUUUUUGAACUCAUGGAUUGUAAGAACUCUGCUUCUUGGAAUGCAAUGAUUGCGUGUUUUGUACAGAGUAAUCGUUUUAAGGAGGCGUUUGAUUUGUUUAAUAGGAUGAGGGCGGAGAAGGUGGAGUUGGAUAAGUUUGUGGCUGCUAGUAUGGUUUCUGCUUGUACGGGACUUGGAGCUUUGAAGCAAGGGAAGUGGAUACAUGGAUAUGUUGAGAGGAGUGGGAUUGAGUUGGACUCGAAGCUUGCUACGACUAUUAUUGACAUGUAUUGUAAGUGUGGCUGUUUGGAGAAGGCGUUUCAAGUGUUUAAUGGGUUGCCUGAGAAAGGAGUUUCUUCGUGGAAUUGUAUGAUUGGAGGGCUAGCGAUGCACGGGAAAGGAGAGGAUGCAAUUCAGCUUUUUAGGGAGAUGGAAAGAGAAAUGGUUGUCCCUGAUAGGAUCACUUUUGUUAAUGUCUUAACUGCGUGUGCUCAUUCCGGAUUGGUAGAGGAAGGGCGUUAUUACUUUUGUUACAUGACUGAGGUUCAUGGUGUUGAGCCGGCUAAGGAGCAUUAUGGUUGUAUGGUUGAUUUGCUUGCGCGGACUGGGAGGCUAGGUGAAGCGAAAAAGGUAUUGGAUGAGAUGCCAAUGAGUCCUGAUGCUAGUGUAUUGGGUGCUCUUCUCGGAGCUUGUAAAAUACAUGGAAACCUUGAGUUAGGAGAGUGGGUUGGGAAGAGAGUGAUUGAACUAGAGCCUGGUAAUAGUGGACGUUAUGUAAUGCUGGCCAAUAUAUAUGCCAGUAGUGGUAAAUGGGAACAAGUUAUUGGUGUGAGGAAAUUGAUGAAUGAUCGGGGAGUGAAAAAGGAACCAGGGUUUUCCAUGAUUGAAAUGGAGGGCAAUGUUAAUGAAUUCGUUGCAGGUGGAAGGGAUCAUCCUCUAGCUAAAGCAAUAUAUGCCAAAGUUGAUGAAAUGUUGGAAUCAAUCAGGUUGGUUGGUUAUGUUCCUGACACUGAUGGUGUUUUGCAUGAUCUAGUUGAGGAGGAAAGGGAAAAUCCAUUGUUCUACCAUAGUGAAAAACUUGCAACUGGUUAUGGUUUAUUAAAAAGUAAACGAGGAGAAACUCUUCGAAUCACUAAGAAUCUGAGGGUUUGUAAAGAUUGCCACCAAGCAUGUAAACUGAUUUCAAAGGUUUAUGACUGUGAUAUAAUAAUAAGAGACAGGAACCGUUUCCACCAUUUUAGCAAUGGAGAAUGUUCUUGUAAAGACUAUUGGUAAUCAAUAAUAUUAAGCUUAAAAUGAAGUACUUUGUUUUAUGGAAAAAAUGAUCCUAACACGUAUGUACUUGUACAGAAGGGGAAAAAAUGUACUAUGUACUAGUACAGAUGAAAAUGCCAUGUUAUGUAUGCAGUCAAACAAAUAAUAACAUGUAUCUAGCAGUAGAAAAGUUCUCCAUGAUUGGUUCUUAUAUCCCUGCUAGUUGCAAUGCAUAAUGCUUUCUUCGCUUUAGAAGAAGAAAAUAGUUGAUAUAAAAAUUAUUAAUUCUACUGCUAGAUACAUGUUAUUAUUUGUUUGACUACAUACAUAACAUGACAUUUUCAUCUGUACAAGUACUCCGUACAUUUUUUUUUUUUUUCACGUAUGUACUUGUACAGAUGUGAAAAAUAGAUUUCUAAAUAUUGGAGUGUGAUCCUCAAUCGACAUGAGGCAUAAGAAUAUAGAUUUCUAAAUAGAGACUAACUAACAUCAAAAUUAGUAUCGGCAAAAGAAUCUUAGAAGGUGGAGACGAUGACCAGCGUGAACGAACGAGUCCUUCAUGCUCUUGCCAGCAAUCUCCAUCCAACAUUUAUGAUAUUGGCUUGAUUUAUGGUCAAAGAAGGAUUUCAUUGGCUCUGUUUUGUGCUGCGAAGAUAUACCAAUGCUUCGUUUCUGAUGUGAAUUUUAUUAAGUCACAUGGGUAAUGCAUUUGCUGCUAUAAUGCUUAUGAUUAUUCUAUAUUCAACAUGCUUUUGCCAAUUUUUGUUUGUUCUUUACUGUGUUUUCUAUCUACAUUGAACUGUUAUGGUGCUUUUUUGUUUGUCAAUUUGCAAUAAGUUAUGCAUGUUGUCCCUUAAAGCUUGGUGCUUAUCGGAUUUGGAAAUGGCUCAUUCCAAAAAAUAUUUCUGACAGAACAUGACACUAUAUGUUUUCCACUUGAAAAUAAUACUAUUGUUUUUUUAGAUAAUAUGUUGAGACUUAGAAAUGUUAAAUGGAGUUUGGUGUUUAAGACAACUUGGCCUUUUCGCAAAAACUAUUCAUCUUUUAGAGACCUGUUUAUCUUUUAGUGCACUAUAAAUUUUGUUAAUUGAAGCUCAAAUAUAUUAACUUUUAGAGACCUACUUUCAAAGAAGUGGAUGGUUUCUUUUAUGAUGGUGUUGGCUGCAUUUAUCCAGGCUUAUGCAAUAUCAAGAAUGCAUUGUUCUAUGAAGAUCCAGUUCCAAUGGUUUAUGCAGAGAUCUAGAGCAUAACUCAAGUGUCAUGUUGUGAGGUUGCUUCAAUUGUAAAAAAUAUUCAAUUGCAUUUUUAGUCAUGCUGAGAUGAAAUCUAAAAAUCAAAUAUUUUCCCUAAGA